AUGGUCUCGUUCACCACCCUUCUCACGGCCACCCUCGCCACCUUGGCUGCCGCCUCCCCUGCCACCAGAGCACUCAAGCCGCGCCAGAGCGACUGCCAGGCUGUCCGCGACGCCAUUGCUGCCAACAACUGGCCCUGCAACGAAGUGGCUGCUCCCUCGUGCGAGUUCUGCUGCGAAUCGUGGCUGAACCUCGAGGGCGCUUUUGGCAACCCUCCCUGCCACGAGGACCACGGGGACUUUACUUGCCCUGCCGGCAGCGAGGGCUAUCACUGCGCUGCCGACUCGAAGUGA